AUGGAAAGCCAAGGAAGUGAAGUACCAAUUAAUAAAUCAAUUUCAAUAAAUCUGGAUGAAGAAGCGACUACAUCAAAUUUCAUAGUAGAAACUCCUCUUAUACCAAUAGAAGUACUAAAUACAAAUCCAUUAUUAUCAACAAGUUCUAAAACUAAUGAUUAUCCUGGUGUGUGCCGUAUAUGUCAUCAUGAAGGUACAAUUAAUAAAUCAUUAAUAUCUCCUUGUUAUUGUGUUGAUACAAUGAAAUAUGUACAUCAAUCAUGUUUACAACAUUGGAUGAAAAAUGCUGAUGCUAAAUUAUGUGAACGUUGUCGAUAUGAAUAUGUUAAACAUUCAGAACUGAAACCAUUUAAAGAAUGGAAAAUGUUAGAUAUGACCGCUUGUCAACGAUGUAAAAUAAUAUUUUCAGUUCCAUGCAUUUUAUUUGCUGUUCUUGUUAUUUUCUGGACACGAUAUAUACUAAUUGAGAAAUCAAGAAACGAAAUAAAAGAUGGAAAACCUCAUUGGCCGUUUUGGACAAAAUUCAGUUUUAUUGUUAUUGCAGCAUGGGUCUUUCUUUAUGUUCAAUUAAUAGUGUAUUUUCGACUUUGUAUUCGUUGGGUUCAAUUUAAUCAACAUAAUGUUAUACUUUCAAGGGGUGAACAACCUUCGAAAGGAAUAAUACCAUUCAGAAAGAAAGAAUCAAAUACUAAUAGUGAAAAUCAUAUUAUAACAUCGGUUGAUGCAAAUGAUUUACCUCCAAUAAAUGCUAAUACAACAUCAAUAGCUAUGCCUGGUCAAAUAACAGUUUAA